UAAAACCUUCUCUCAAGAACAAAAAGAAGAAGCCCACCAUUUGCUCAUUGCUUUGUCCCUGUGAGAGAAAGAGAGACUACGAAUCUAAACUCAUUUCUUAGGGAGAAACCCAGAUUCUAUAUUCUAGCUUACUUUUGUUUAAGUCUCUGUCUGGUCCAGAGGGAGAAAACCCCCAAUUCUAGUUUACUUCCAUCGUUUGUAGCAGUGAUUCAAACAGAACUCAAACCUUUUUUUUUUCACGAUUUCUACUGUGUUUUUGAGUAAUUAGGGAAACAUCUCCCCUUUAUUUUUGUUUAUGGAUGGCCUGAGUUUCUGUUAAAGGAAAAAAAAAUAAAAAGAGCCACACACACACCGGCAAAGAAGCAAAAUAAGGAGUAACAAUGAGAGAAGACAAAUCCAAGACUAAUAAGCUGGCCUGGACCAAGAAGAUGGUCAGGAAAUGGUUUAAUAUAAAAAGCAAAACAGAGGAGUUUCAAGCAGAUGAUCCUGCUUCUGCUGGAGUUGAAGUAGAGCACAGAAGUAGCUUCUCGGCAGAGAAAGCUCCCUGCACAUUCAAGAAGACCAAAACUGAGAAGCUCAGUAAGAACUGGGAGCAGCAGGCUCGGCAAAGGAGAAUGAAUUAUGAGAAUCCUAGGAUCAUUGAUGUUCAAAACUACAGCAUCUUUACUGCUACCUGGAAUGUAGCUGGACGAUCUCCUCCUUCUGACUUAAACCUUGACGAGUGGCUUCAUUCAUCAGCUCCUGCAGAUAUAUACGUGCUCGGAUUCCAAGAGAUUGUUCCUCUCAAUGCUGGUAAUGUCCUUGGAGCUGAAGACAAUGGACCUGCACAGAAAUGGCUCUCUCUUAUCCGUAAAACGCUCAAUAACCGACCAGGAACUAGCGGAACCAGCGGUUAUCACACGCCUUCCCCUAUCCCUGUGCCCAUUGCAGAGAUUGAUGCUGAUUUCUCAGGAUCCACGAGGCAAAAGAACUCGACUUUCUUCCACAGACGGUCUUUUCAGACCCCAAGUAGUACAUGGAACGAUCCUUCAAUUCCUCAGCCAAGUCUUGACCGCCGUUUCAGCGUCUGCGACCGUGUCUUCUUCAGCCACAGGCCAAGUGAUUUCGACCCGAGUUUCCGUGGUAGCAGCAGCAGUCACAGGCCUAGUGACUACUCUAGAAGGCCUAGUGAUUACUCCAGGAGGCCUAGUGAUUACUCCAGGAGGCCUAGUGAUUACUCAAGACCUAGUGACUACUCUAGACCAAGUGAUUACUACUCUAGACCGAGUGAUUAUUCACGGCCAAGCGACUUCUCAAGGUCUUCAGAUGAUGAUAAUGGUACUGGGGAUUCUCCAAGCACAGUCUUGUACUCGCCAGGUUCUGCAGCAAACGAAAACGGGUAUAGGAUCCCUUGGAACUCUUCGCAGUAUUGUUUAGUUGCUAGCAAACAGAUGGUGGGUGUCUUCUUAACCAUUUGGGUGAAAAGCGAGCUAAGGGAACACGUCAAGAACAUGAAAGUAUCUUGUGUUGGCAGAGGAUUAAUGGGCUACCUCGGGAAUAAGGGAUCGAUCUCAAUAAGCAUGUUGCUCCAUCAAACAAGCUUUUGCUUCGUGUGUACUCACUUGACUUCGGGACAAAAAGAAGGUGAUGAGCUAAAGAGAAACUCCGAUGUCAUGGAGAUACUCAAGAAAACGAGGUUUCCUCGCGUCAAGAGCUCAGAAGACGAAAAAUCUCCUGAGAAUAUCCUUCAGCAUGACCGGAUAAUAUGGCUUGGAGAUCUGAAUUACCGGAUAGCACUGUCUUACCGAUCUGCUAAAGCGCUCGUUGAGAUGCAGAACUGGAGAGCAUUACUAGAAAACGACCAGUUAAGAAUUGAGCAGAAACGAGGUCAUGUGUUCAAAGGAUGGAACGAAGGAAAGAUCUAUUUCCCACCAACGUACAAGUACUCGAGGAACUCAGAUAGAUACUCUGGAGAUGAUUUGCAUCCUAAGGAGAAACGUCGCACUCCUGCUUGGUGCGAUAGAAUAUUGUGGUACGGUGAAGGACUGCAUCAAUUAUCUUAUGUAAGAGGAGAGUCACGGUUCUCGGAUCAUAGACCGGUCUACGGCAUUUUCUGUGCAGAGGUUGAGUCAGCUCAUAAUAGGUUAAAGCGAACUACGAGUUACUCCACUUCACGUGUCCAAGCUGAAGAGCUCUUACCUUAUUCCCGUGGAUACACCGAGCUCAGCUUCUUCUAGACACAUCUUUCAUUUUUGCCGCUCUUCACGGUGAACAAAAGUGUUUUUGGAUCUUUGAGAGUGAUGGAGACAUUCCAUUGCCUCUUUAACUCAAAGUGAACAGGUGUAGUCGUGUAGAAAGUGUCUUUUGUUUUAUAUUUUGGCCUCGGUUAAACCAAUUUUCACAUACCGGCGGUUCUGUGGUCUAUCCGGUUCAUACUAUUGAUGGUUUUUGCUAACUCUGGUGGAUUUGAAUUUUACAUUAACGUUAUAAGGCAAUCAACUAACCCAAUCAGAAACUGCCAAGUAAACAAAUGGAAGUUCGUUUGUUUUUUUUUUUUUUAAUUUCAUUCUUUUGAUUUAGCACAAAUAGGGAAAACAGAGUUUUCUUUUCUUUUUUUAUUAAGUGUAGUGUGUCCCCACGAUAAUCAUACUGUAAUAUGCUAAUUAAUUAUUAU